UGGCAGCAAUGCUACAAGUUUGGAUGCCGUGAAACCCCAAAGAAGAAGCAUCCUGGGUUGUAGUUCAGCGUGGGGUCGUGGAACAGGAUGUUGUCGUUAGUUUCAGUGGAGGAUGUAAGACCAGUAUUUCUUUCUUCUUUUAUGCUUUAAAGUAAUGGGCUGAAAUCCUUCUGUGUUCAAAAUGGCAAGAGAGAGAAAGUGCAUCCUCUGUGAAACAGUCCAUGUCUCCAAGCAGGAGAUGAAUGAGCACAUGAGAAGUAUGCUGCACCACCGUGAGUUGGAAAAGCUCAAAGGCCGGGAUUGUGGACACGAGUGCACAGUCUGCAAAGUGACACUGGUGAGCCUGACCGAUUAUGCCAGCCACAUUUCGAGUCCCACGCACAAGCAAAAUGUGGAGGCUGCAGAACAAAGUCCGUCUUGGAAUGGCACGGAGGACUACUUCGACCAGGCUCUGGUGGAGCUGAUUGAAAAGAGAAAAGAGCAGAUCAGAAAAGAGAAGGAGGCUGCAGCUGCAAAGCAGGCCGCAGAAGAAGCUGAACAAAGGCGGGAAGAGGAGUUUCAGCAGAGGUUGAAGGAAGCUAAGGAGCGCUAUAGGAUAGAUUGUUCCUGGAAGCAGCCGUCUCAUGGGUUCAAUAGGAGCAAUCAGCACAGUUCAUGGUACAGGGCUAACGGAUAUAAUGCCAGACCAGAGGAAGCACAGCCCUGGCGCCAAGGUAGACAGGGGAAGAGUGCCACUUGGCACGCGCAGGAACCGCCCAGCUUUCAGAACUGGGGCUCUGGACACUUGUCCAGAGGAGGCUUCCACAGCCAGCAAGGUUGGGGCCGGAAACAGUGGGAUCAAGGUGCAUUUCCUGCCAAUCAGAAAAGUCGAUUUCCUUGGCUCAGCAAUGGAGGAAGCAGGAAUGGGCUCUAUGGCCAAAACAAUAUUUCCCAGUACCCACAGAAGAGUAGGCCGGUUAGCCGGGGCUCCCCUGUGAACCCACCUCUACCUAAUUUCUUUGCCCAGGCUAUGAACCAGUUUCCGAAUGCCGAUAAUGAGCAGGGAGGGCAACAGGGUGAUAGGUUUCAGAAUAGGGCAGGUCAGGCAGCAGAAUCUGAUCACAGCACUAAAAACUCGAAGACCUUUGGUAGUAAUCCAAAGCUGGACAAAACCUGUCGCUGGGCGCCCUAUCCAGUCACAAAAAGUUUGGAAUCUAUACCUUGUAAAGACAACACCUCAAAUGCGAUAGAUAAGUACUCCAAAGGACCCGCACCAAAAACGUGUGACAAGCAACCAGAAUCUAGUGCCUUCAAUAAGGUGUUACAGACGAAACAGAAGCCAGGGCAGACGUUGGAUGCACAAAGUGUGGAAGGGAAAGCUAAGCAGAAGGUAAACACAAAAACCAAGCCCAAAAGUGCAAGUAGCAGCAGCACCCAUGCUCAGGGAGAAGCCCAGCAGAACUCAUCUGGUCCUUCCAAAGAGAAGUCAAACAAGUCUCUGUCAAACAAUAAACUGAGGAAGAUGUCCUCAGUUCCAUGUCUCAAAAGUGACACAGAACUCAGCAAAUCAUCCAUUGAAACGCACGCACCGUCAAAGCCAACCACGAAGCAGAGUGGGCUCCAAGGCUCCAAGGCUCUUCAAGUUGGGCCCCUGCAGUCGAAACAAGAGUCGCAACUGGCCGAAAGCAUAAAGAAGGCCAGACAGAUUGUGUUAAAAAAGAGUGGCUCCUUAGAUAGCGCUAGUAAAACCAGGCAGGAAAUGGCACGGCACAGUGUAGAAGUUGGAAAUCGAAGUCUGGAAGUUUUAAACAAAGAAAACAGCUGUCGGCAGAACGUAGUGAAACCGAACGUACCUGACUCCAUGAUGCAAAAACCUUCAUCACCAUCAGCAGACAGCAGCCAGUUCCUCCAGUCCUUACAAGUUACCACCUCUAAUUUAGAGCGCUCGCAGCCUGCAGCAUCAAGCAGAGAAGAUGAGGAGAGCAGGAAGAAAGUGGAAAAAGGUAGUGGCUCCCCGGCCCAAGAUGAAGCCCUGCAUGAUGAUGUUGCAGGGCAGAGCUCAGAGGGGGACACUCCCCCCAGAGGUGAAGUGCAGGGGGUGUCAGGGUCUUCAAGUCUACCCAAACUUGACCUGCUCCCCGUCCUAAAACGUGACCUGGCCAAGCACAUCUGCCCCAAGAGCCACGAGCCCAACCUCAACAUUGCCAGAAGGGUUCGAAAUCUGAGUGAGUCACGGAAAGUCGACACGGAUAAGGAUUCGGGGCUCAGACCUACGGUGCGUCAGCUGAUCAGCUUCUCCGGGUCGCGGCGCAACGUCAACUGGGAACAGGUGUAUCAGGAGGUCAGGAAAAAGCAAGACAAGGGGAAAGGCAUGCCAAGGUUUGGGAUCGAGAUGGUGCCGUACGACCAGGAGGAAAACAGCCAGGAGGAAGAUGACAUUCCAGUGCUGGAGGGCUUCCAGUGGGAGUCGCUGAUGGACAUCUCCGCUCCAAGUGCAACCCGCAAACGCUCGUUGUCCGAGAGCAGCGUCACCCCUGCAGCUGUUCACUCGCUGUUUUUACAGAGAGAGGGCCUCGGCUCGGAGGAACCUGGAGCUUCCGUGCCUCCCAUGUUCUCUCAAGAGAAGGAAAACUCUGAGAAAGGAGUGGAGCUUGGUCAGCUUGAGGCUAGAGCAAAGAAGCAGCCUCACAAGCUAACAUCAGCAGGAGUGGAGGAUUGGAUUACAGUGCUCGGAGAUAGUUCAGGGACAGAGCAGCAUGACGGCCAAGGCACAGGAAAGAGGCGAAGAGCAGCUGCUGAUGCUGCAAGUGCAGAGACCUCUGGCUUGGAGCACAAUAGCAAAAGGAGGAAAGUCAAAUCCAAAAAAGAGCGCUUGCAGAUUGACCAGCUGCUGGCUGUGUCUCUACGGGAAGAAGAGGUGAGUCGCUCUCUGCAGACUGUGGACGCCAGCCUGAUCCAGGCUCGGGCUACGCUGCAAGCUGCCUACCUAGAGGUGCAACGGCUCAUGGUGGUCAAACAGCAGGUGACGGCAGAGAUGAGCACACUGAGAAACAAGCGCAUUGAGAUACUUAAAGGGAUGCAAGGUAGCGUGGAGGAGUCGCCUCAGAUCAAAUUGAAAGAGAAGACAGAAUCAUUUGAUACAGAGCCCCAUGUUCCUUCCUUCGUUCCUUCCUCCUCUUCCUCUGGUGCUGCUGCUCCCAGUAUAACGUGUAGUUCUCUGGCUCGGCGUUCCUCCCCUCCCUCCUCCAGUCUUACCUUCAAGCCCGUCGUGAUCAAAGAGGAGCCACAGUCUCCUGUCAGCCUGAGCUCAGAGAUGGAUGCUGACCACAUAGCCCGCAUUGUUCACAGCACCACUCCAGAGCUGCCUGUUGAUGCUGCUAACAAAGAACAAAUGUGGGACAACUUCAGAGCUGCUGGCCACUGCAAUCCGACUCUGUCUGGAGUGAUCGAGAGCACUGAAAAGGCCGUUCAGUCCACCAGGAUCCCUAUCGAGCCUGAUUCCAAAUCCCCCAUUAAGUCUCUCUUACUGAGCAGGAGGGGUUCUGAAACAGGGAGCACUGUUGACUGUGCUGAUACGCAGUCUCUUGAGCCCCCCUCAGGGCCUUCUGCGUUUAAUGUUCCGGAAUCUCCGUCUGAACUCAGGAGUGGGAAGCGUGUCAGGAAGUUGAAGAAGAGGAAGGUGCUGAAAAAGGCAGAAGGCCCCGAGCAGCCGUAUAGCAGUGACACAGAGAUGGAAGGUGAGGCGACGAGGCCGAGGUUUCUCCGCCCACGAAGGAGACCCAGUGGUGGCUCUCAGGUCAGUACCUCCACUCAGCCUACGGAGGUUGGAGAGGACAUCAACGUAGAAGGCAGCGAGGAGCCCGGCAAAGCACCGUCAAAAUCUGAGAACACAAACCGUUCGCAUGAACACAUGGCGGCGCUCCCACAGGUGGCCUCAAUUGUGCCACCGUUGAAGUUGGAGCCAGAAGAAGCCAUGGAGAUCACCGAAGCCUCUCAGCAACCCCAGACACAGGCCUUCCCUGCAGCCCCGGCCCCCGACUCCUACAAACCUGAGCCGCAGAGCCUGGCAUGUAAUGAGGUCACUUCCACCAGUGACAUGGACGUAUGCAGGUCCUCUGAGAGUGAAAUGCCAGUUCCGACCAACUUGCCAAAAAUAAAUAAGACCUCAUCAGAUGCAUCUAGUGAUCACGGCGAGGAUGAGAUGCCGAUGGAGGGGGUGUUUGAGGGCCACCAGGAGGCAGUAAAUGCUAUGCAGGUCCACAAUGGGCUGCUCUACACGUGCUCAGGGGACCGGACUGUUAGAGCCUUCGACCUGGUGAGUCGUCGAUGCGUGGCUGUGUUUGAGGGUCACAGCUCUAAGGUCAGCUGUCUGCUGGUGUCUGUAGCUCCCAGUCUCCAUCACCGCCUUUAUUCUGGCUCUAGCGAUCAGACCAUCCGCUGCUACAGUCUGAAGACACAAGAGCUCGAGCAGCAGUUCUCUCUGCCAGACAGAGUCCUCUGCUUCCAUAGCCGCUGGAAGACUUUGUAUGCUGGCCUGGCGAACGGCACGGUGGUGACCUUUAACCUCAAGACAAACCGGCAGAUGGAUGCGUUCGAGUGCCAUGGGCCACGAGCUGUGAGCUGCCUGGCCUCAUCGCAGGAGGGAUCCCGGAGGAUCCUGCUGGUGGGGUCCUACGAUAGCACCAUCAGCGUGCGAGACGCCAAGAACGGACUCCUGCUGCGUGCACUGGUGGGACACACUAAGACCGUCCUCUGCAUGAAGGUGGUGAAUGACCUGGUUUUUAGUGGCUCAAGUGAUCAGUGUGUCUACGCGCACAACAUCCAUACAGGAGAGCUUGUGCAGGUCUACAACGGCCACAGCCACGCUGUUUCUGUAGUGACUGUGUUGGGGAAGGUGAUGGUGACGGCCUGCCUGGACAAACUGGUCCGAGUCUACGAUUUGCAGACCCACAAUCAGCUGCAGGUCUAUGGUGGACACAAGGACAUGGUGAUGUGCAUGGCUAUCCACAAGAACAUGAUCUACACAGGCUGUUACGAUGGCAGCGUUCAGGCCGUCAAACUCAACCUGAUGCAGAACUACCGCUGCUGGUGGCACGGCUGCUCCAUGGUCUUCGCUGUAAAGGAGCACCUGCAGCAGCACCUGAUCGACAGCCACACCAACCCCAGCCUGCAGAAGCUCCGGUGCCGCUGGAAAAACUGUGAAGAAUUUCUCUGCACGCGCAACAGCUCCAAGCAGGGGCUGCUGGUGCACAUGCAGAAACACGCUGAGGAGGAAACAGACGUGGAGCCUUAGGGGCGGCUGGUGGGAACACCGUUUCUUCCCGAGCCCUCUUUCCUUUCCUAUCUUCGCCCCCUUCACCCUAUCGUUAACCUCCCAUAUUGGGGGGGAUGUUCUAGGGACCCACUUUAACUUAGCAGCGCUCCCGUCGAGCCUGGUGAGCGGCGUCCGACGACUCCAUCCUUUAUGGUUGGAAUCCAACUCUAAGAGAAUCACGAACGGAGGAAUGGUUGUGCUGUUUUUUUUUGUCUGUUACAUUCGAUUAAAGAAAACGCACCCUCCUCUCUUCCUGUCUGACCACUGCAGUUCCUUUUUUCCCACUGACCAAAGUAAGACAAAGAAACACAUGACUUUUGUUUGUUGAAGAAACUCCAGUGUUGCCGGUAAGCGGGGGAUGUGUCAUGCUUUUCAAACAGUCACCUGGCUGCACUAUGGCAUGGGCUGAGAGAUGUUUUCAAUGUUGUUGUGAUGUUACAUGUUGAGCAACUCGUUUUAUUUUUCUUUUCUUUCAAAUUAACCUUGUAUUCAACAUUAAAUUUAGAACUUUUAGAAACUCAUCCAAGGCUGUGUUUUGGUUGAGCUGCGUGAUGAGAAUCCAGUCGGUAGCAUUUUAUUUUGUUACCUUUUAUUUAUUUUUGGUUGCUCAUUCAGGUGAUUUAAAGAUAUUGAGGAACUUUGGUGCAGUGUUGUGACUUGGCCUGAAGUUGUCGUUUUGCAGUGAUGACAGAAUCAAGACGUGGACGUGCUCAUCGGUGUGGGUUUAUUCCUCAUAGCCGCUGUUUUCGAUGAAUAAGUAGUUUGUUUUUUAAAUGACAUUUGCUGCUUUGGAUGUGUCUUUUAUGUGUAGCGUCGUGCAGGAAGCGCCAGAGCUGUAUUUUCCACAGUGAGGAUUGAUUUGUAAUGGAGGUGAAGGACGUUUAGUGGAGGUGUUUGAUGGAGAAUUAGCAUUCGUCUCCCAUGCCAUGCCUCACACCCGUUAAAACAAGCUCAACACUACACAUUCAGCCGCUUUUAUUGAGCGUGGAACCGCUCUGGUCCUCUGUUCAGCAGACUUCGGUAUUCCAGCUCUUGGUUUUUAAGGAUUUGUUCAUUGAAAUGUCUUCACCUACUCGUUGUUCGACAGUGAGGAAAACGUGCGCGUCUCCUCUUACCUGGCAUUCCUGAGUUUCUUCAUUUCUCUGUUAACGUUUUUUUUUAAUAAAGUGCAAUCCAAGAUGAUAAUAAUAAAAAGAAAUGUAACAUUACAAAGA